UUUUAUUUAUCUAGUUGUUUCUUAGUGUUACUGGUAAUUCACAAUUGAUAAACGAAAAAAUGAUUUGGAAAAUUAUAUUGUUGUUGCCGUGUUUUACCGUUUUAGUGAACGCUGGAUGUGAACGAUCUUCUUUGAAUACUCCAAAUUCUCCAAAUCCUCAAACCCAGACCGUAGACCCGAUACCAUAUGAAACAUAUGAUCAAUGGGCAAAUUCCUUACCAGCAUAUAACGUUACAGAUUGGACUAGUUUGAAACCUACACCUAGGGAUGAUGAUAGAAGAGCUACAAGGAAGGCAUUGGUUAAGAGUAGAUGUCCACGUCGUCUUGUGACACCUCUUCUCGAGAAAUCUGCAAUCCAAAACUGGCCUGCUUAUUUAAAAAAUGAUACUGGAUAUGACAUAACUGUUUUGAGAAACCUUAAUUUUAGACGUAUCCCAAAUGCACCAAUAUUAAUCGUGGCCCCUCUAGAUAACUUAUCGAAGGAUCCAUCGGUGGAUCCACCAGGACUUAUAUUCGUUUUAGAAAGACUUCUAUGAAUCAUUGAUUCUGAUUAGAAUCGACCCGGCAAAAUUUAAUUUCACUGGCUCAAAAAAACAGAAAUUAAAAAUUAUACAUACACUGAAUAUGAAAAAUUCUAAAUAUUUCCAAGAAUAAUUAAAUUUUAGUUGAUUUAUAAAUGAUUUUGUAAACCUAAUUUGUUUACAUAUCUACUACAUAAAGCACACUACCUACGCUUGUCAAAAUUUUUAUUUGUUUUU